AUGGCAGAGCAGAGGCAGCAGCAGGAGCGGAGGGAGCCCGACCUGCCCGCGUACUUCGCGGCCCUGGGCUCGGGCAGCCCCAAGCCCAGGCAGAAAUUCGGGGGCAUGUUCUGCAGCGUGGAAGGAGCCUUUGAAAACAAAACGCUGGACUUGGACGCGCUGAGCGGCGGCAGGAGAGGCGGCCAGACCCCGGAGCGAGGGGCGCUCCGCCAGCUUCCCAGCGACUCCCAAGGGCAGAGCGAGAGCUGCGAGGCGCCGGGGAGCCGCAGCGCCCCUGCCCUCACCCCAGCCGGAGCGGAGCCUUCCCCGCCCGCUGCUGGGGCAGCAGGAGACGCGCCCGAUGGCUACGCUCAGAGUGACCGGCUUCUAAUCAAAGGAGGAAAGAUCGUCAAUGAUGAUCAAUCAUUUUAUGCUGAUAUCUAUGUGGAAGACAGUUUGAUAAAGCAAAUUGGAGAAAACCUGAUAGUUCCUGGUGGCGUCAAAACUCUUGAUGCCUAUGGCCAGUUAGUUAUGCCAGGCGGAAUAGAUGUCCACACUAGACUACAAAUGCCUGUGAUGGGAAUGACCUCUGCUGAUGACUUCUAUCAAGGCACAAAAGCAGCCCUAGCAGGAGGAACCACCAUGAUACUUGACCAUGUAUUCCCUGACUCUGGAAUGAAUCUGCUUGCUGCAUAUGACCAAUGGAGAGAGUGUGCUGAUAACAAAGCCUGUUGUGAUUAUUCACUGCAUAUUGACAUCACACGCUGGCAUGAGAGCAUAAAAGAGGAACUGGAAGCUCUAGUGAAAGACAAAGGUGUGAACUCCUUUCUAGUUUUCAUGGCUUAUAAAGACAAGCUCCAGUGCACUGACGCCCAGAUGUAUGAAAUAUUCAGCAUUAUUCGCGACCUGGGUGCCAUUGCCCAAGUACAUGCUGAAAAUGGAGACAUCAUUGACGAGGAGCAAAAGAGACUGUUGGAACUUGGAAUUACUGGGCCAGAGGGGCAUGUUCUUAGCCACCCAGAGGAGGUUGAAGCAGAGGCAGUGUACCGUGCAAUUACAAUAGCAAAACAAGCCAACUGCCCGUUGUAUGUCACAAAAGUAAUGAGCAAAGGUGCCGCAGAUGUGAUAGCUCAAGCAAAGCGAAAAGGCACAGUUGUGUAUGGAGAGCCAAUUACAGCGAGCCUUGGCACGGAUGGAUCACACUACUGGAGUAAGAAUUGGGCUAAAGCUGCAGCCUUUGUUACAUCCCCACCAAUUAGCCCUGACCCUACUACAUCCGAUUAUCUCACUUCUCUGUUAUCAUGUGGGGAUCUGCAGGUUGCAGGCAGUGCCCACUGCACAUUUACCACCGCACAGAAGGCAGUAGGAAAGGAUAACUUUACCCUUAUUCCAGAGGGAACAAAUGGCAUUGAAGAAAGAAUGUCAAUAAUUUGGGAGAAGUGUGUGGCCUCAGGGAAGAUGGAUGAGAAUGAUUUUGUAGCAGUGACCAGUACAAAUGCAGCCAAAAUCUUUAAUUUUUAUCCCAGAAAGGGACGAAUUGCUGUAGGUUCUGAUGCUGACCUAGUUAUAUGGAAUCCCAAGGCUACGAAAAUUGUCUCAGCAAAAACCCACCAUCUGAAUGUGGAAUAUAAUAUAUUUGAAGGAACAGAGUGCCGUGGUUCCCCUACUGUUGUUAUAAGUCAAGGAAAAGUUGUGCUGGAAGAUGGAAACCUCUUUGUCAUCCAAGGGUCUGGUCGCUUCGUUCCUAGAAAGACAUUCCCUGAUUUUGUUUAUAAAAGAAUAAAGGCAAGAAACAGGCUUGCUGAAAUUCAUGGUGUUCCCAGGGGGCUUUAUGAUGGGCCAGUUCAUGAUGUCAUAGUGACUGCUAAAGCUGCAGCCCCCACUCCUACUUCAAGGAUAGCUCCCUGCUCAGGCAAAAUACCAACUCUUCCUGUCCGUAAUCUGCAUCUGUCAGGAUUCAGCUUGUCUGGAUCUCAAACAGAUGACCAUAUUGCAAGACGCCCUGCUCAAAAAAUCAUCGCACCCCCUGGUGGACGUUCCAAUAUUACAUCUUUGUCAUAA